AUGCUACAUUUUUCUCCCUGGAGUCAAAAGAUAGAUCCAUUGACAUAUAGAUUGUAAAAUAAGGCAUAGUUAUCGUUAUCGCCUAAUAAUCAACCUAAAACAGGAAGAUUAAAUAAUCUAUCGCUGUAAUAGCAUCCUAGAAAAAUGAACUCCCAAUAUUAAAAACAACAAAACAGUGGAAUUUAGGAAGAAUCUAAAUAAUACAAUAAUGCUAGUAGUUAAACCGAUUUACCUUCCUUAGAAAUGGAGGAAAUAUUUUAAGCAUAAUAAUAAGAGCAAUCAUCAAGAAAAUAUCAACAUGCUAUGCUUUAAACAAAGAAUCAUUAUCAUUAAUCAACUAUCAUUAGUUUAUUAUAGACUAUUCAUUUUAAAUAGGACCAGCAUUAAUCUCUAAAAAAUAAGGCCUAAUAGCUGAAACGAGUAAUCGUUCAAAAUAAAAAUAGAACUAUAACUGUUAUAGUUGUUAAUAAUGCUGCUUAAUUUGUUUCAUACUUAUUGAACUCAAAUUAUUUUGAUUAACCUCCUGGCAACUUUUUUACUACAUAACAUCAUCCAUCUUUCUUUAUUACUUAAAUCACUAUUUCUAAUAGCAAUUCCUCAAAUACUGUGCAUUCAUAUUAAGAUUUGUUAACUGUAACUAAAAAAAACAGAAUAUAUGAUAUAAGUUUAAAUAGAUUAUUAUACGACUAAUCAUAAUCUUUUAUACAUUAUUGUCCUGAUAUAGUGAUUGUAACUAUUGGCAAUCUUUAAGAAGAGCUCUCUCAUAGACAAAGGGAUAAAUCUUUUUUGAUUAAAAGUGCAGAAUAAAUACAAAAAGAAACCAUAAGAUUAAGUAAAAAAAGAACAAAAUUUAAAUUAAAGGAAUUAAAUUGA